CCCGUCCCUCCCAAAAAAAGGAAGGAAGGGUGGGUGAGACCGUGAGAUUAGCCAGCAACAGCAUUGUUCCCUCUCCCAUUCUCAACGCAAUCAUCGCCCCCCACUUCUCCCAUCCUCUCAAUCCCACACCCCCCAAAAGGUCUCAGAUCUAGAAUUUGUUUUUCAAAACCUACCCUUCUUCCAUUCCCCCUUUCGCUUCCAUUCUCUCUCAGCCCUUUCCAAUUUCCAAAUAUGGCCGCCAGUACUCCUUCGUCCCGCGAGGAAUUCGUUUACAUGGCCAAACUCGCCGAGCAAGCCGAGCGCUACGACGAAAUGGUCGAGUUCAUGGAGAAAGUCUCCGCUUCUGCCGAGAGCGAGGAACUCAGCGUCGAGGAACGAAACCUCCUCUCCGUCGCUUACAAGAAUGUAAUCGGUGCACGCCGUGCUUCCUGGCGGAUCGUCUCCUCCAUUGAGCAGAAAGAGGAGAGCCGUGGUAAUGAGGAUCACGUCACUCUAAUCCGCGAUUAUCGGGCCAAGAUCGAGUCUGAGCUCUCCUCUAUCUGUGGCGGUAUUUUGAAGCUGCUCGACUCCAGGCUUAUCCCUUCGGCUGCUGCUAAAGACUCCAAGGUCUUUUAUCUUAAGAUGAAGGGCGAUUAUCAUAGGUAUUUGGCUGAGUUCAAGACUGGAGCCGAACGUAAGGAAGCUGCUGAGAGUACUCUCACUGCUUACAAGUCCGCUCAGGACAUUGCCAACGCCGAGUUGGCUCCAACUCACCCGAUCCGUCUCGGACUGGCUCUCAAUUUCUCUGUUUUCUACUAUGAGAUUCUCAAUUCUCCUGAUCGCGCUUGCAAUCUCGCAAAACAGGCAUUUGAUGAAGCAAUCGCUGAGUUGGAUACUCUAGGCGAGGAAUCAUACAAAGACAGCACCCUCAUCAUGCAACUCCUCCGCGACAAUCUCACUCUCUGGACCUCCGACUUGCAGGAUGACGGAGCUGAUGAGAUUAAAGAAGCACCGAAGCAGGAGGAAGAGCAGCAAAAACAACCGGAACAGCCAAAGCAGUAGUGCGAAUCUGCUCAAUGGGGUUCUUGUUCUGUUAUUAUUAAAUUUAAGGGUUUCAAAUUAAAUGAAACGUCUACCCGUUUUAUAUGUUUUUUUCUUAUUUUUUUAGCCUAUUCUUGUAUUUUGCUUUCCACUCAUUUAUUCAUGUACUGAUUUUCUUUUUUCA